GCCGGUAAGAGAGGCGGUGCAAAUCUUUGUGCUCUGAUUUUACUCCAUUUCAACCCAUGUAAUCUGUUUCACGGUCUUGUUUUGAUACUUGGUCUGAUAAUGAUCGCCUCCUCACAAAUGUGACGUUUCUGAAAUUGUGUCUUGGAUAUUUAGGGCUGUUAGUCAUCGCUUUAGAUACAUCAGAGUGGUUUAUCGAUUUUUUUUUCACUCAGUUCCAGCGCCGUCUGCAACCAGGGCAGCGCAGGAGGCCGCUUUUUUUCUUGGGAACUGCGUGUUUUCGGGUUCCUGUUGUGCGCUGUGCUGUUUGUGUUAUAAUAUAAAUAUAUCUAGAUUUCUACUUGUGUCAGAUCAGAGGGAUGAACUCAAUAGGAUUUUAAAAUUUUACAAUCAAUCAAGAUGCCGGCCGGACAAAGCCUGUGCUGGUGUCUCGGUGGAAGCCCCCGGCCGCCCGAGAUUAAACAUGGCCUGGAUCUUGCCACGCCACUUCAGCCAGUCUCGCUCGACACGCCCAUGCCUUCAGACGAGAACGAGCUGAACGCAAAAUUUGAGGAGUUAGUGGCGGAACUUGGAUUAGACAAAAGUCAUAGGGAUGCCCUCUACAGCCUGCCAAAGGAGAAAAAAUGGCAGAUCUACUGCAGCAACAAAGCGGAUGUCAGCGCAACGAAAGCUCAUGCAGCCGAUUUCUACGUGGAAAAAAUGGGAGCUAUUAAUUCAUUUUGUCGUGGCCUUCAUCGAGCAGAAUGGCCUGCAAUCCCUACUCGACUUUCUCUCCAAGAUGGACUACCAGAUCUCAGAGGGACCCCUGCACACUGCAGUGAUAGGCUGCAUCAAGGCUCUCAUGAACAACUCGCAAGGUCGUGCUCAUGUGUUAGCUCACCCUGACUGCAUCAACACCAUUGCCCAGAGUCUGGCUGCAGAGAAUGUCAAGGCCAAGGUUGCUGCUUUGGAGAUCUUGGGGGCCAUCUGCCUGGUACCUGGUGGUCAUCGCAAGGUGCUCAAUGCCAUGUUGCAUCUCCACAAGUAUGCUGGUGAGAGGACACGCUUUCAGCUUCUCAUGUGUGACCUGGACAAAAACACAGGAAAGUACAGAGAUGAAGUUGCCCUCAAGACCGCUAUCAUGUCCUUUAUCAAUGCUGCUCUCAAGUACGGGGCUGGACAAGACCAUCUGGAGUUCCGUCUUCAUCUGCGCUAUGAGCUCCUGAUGCUUGGCAUUGUUCCGAUCAUGAAGAAAAUGCGCUCCCACGGGAACUCAACUUUAGACAGGCAUCUUGAUUUCUUUGAGAUGGUGAGAAAUGAAGACGAAAAGGAGUUUGCUAAAAGAUUUGAAGGCGUUCACAUCGACUCUAAAAGUGCCACAGCCAUGUUUGAUAUCCUGAGGAAAAAGCUGCAUUUGUCAUCAGCCUACCCAAACUUGUUAUCUAUAUUGCAUCACAUGUUGCUCAUCCCCUACGGCAAGAAUGACAUGUUACAAGUGUGGACGUUACUGGACAAGGUGGUGCAACAGAUGGUGCUACAGCUCAAGAAGGGUGAGGACCCAGAUGGGGCACCGCUGGAGGAGAUAAAUGUCAAGCAACUCAUUAGGCAACUGGCCAGUGAGACUGAUAUCAAAAGUUUCCAAACAAAACUGAGAGAAGCAGAGAAGGCUGGGGAUGAACUUAACGCUAAACUUGCCAAAAAGGAGCGGGAGUGUGAAGUGAGGCUGGAGGAGAAGGAAGAUCUGAUGUCCACAAUGAAUAUGAUGAAAACCAAGUUGGAGAAAGAGGUGUCAGCCCAUGCAGAGACAAGACAACAACUACAGGAUCUUCUCUCUCGAGUAGAGGAGAUCAGAUCACAGCUGGACACAGAGAGAGGGGAGAAACAGAAGCUCCAGCAUUUGGUACAGAGUGGCAGUCUCCCUGAUGAUGCCAAGGUUGGACUCUCCACUGCCGCAUCUUCCAUCAUUUCCAGCAUUGAAGGGACCAUCAGACAGAGCGCCCCACCACCUCCUCCUCCUCCACCUCCACCCCCUGGUGUGCCUGCCCCUCCACCUCCUCCCCCUGCACCAGGAGCUCCUUCACUCCCUUCCAAAUUUGGUGUCAACGGAGUCAACUCAGCUCUUACAGCCAAACUGAAAGGAAACCCUAAACCAAACGUGCCAAUGAAAUCCUUCAACUGGACCAAGCUACCAGAGAAUCAAAUUUCAGGGACAGUAUGGAAUGACGUCAAUCAUUCUAAGAUCUACAACAGCCUUGACCUUGAUGACUUCCAGAAGACAUUCUCAGCAUAUCAACGACCUGCGACGGACGAGGGAGAGGAGGACCAGAAAAACACUACUAAAACAAAGAGUCAGGUCCUCACGGUCAUUGAUGGAAGGCGGAGCCAGAAUUGUACCAUACUGCUGUCCAAGCUGAAACUGACCAAUGAGGAACUGGCAAAGGCUAUAAUGAAUGUAGACGAAGGAGAGGACCUGCCCAAAGACAUGGUGGAGCAGUUGCUCAAGUUUGUACCAACAUCAGAGGAGGUUCAGCUCCUGUCUGAGUACACACAUGAGAUUGACAACAUGGCCAGAGCAGACCGUUUCCUCUAUGAGAUGAGCAAAAUUCUACACUAUGAAGAGAGACUCAAAGCUCUCUACUUUAAAAAGAAAUUUCAGGAAAGAAGGGUUGACUGCAAACUGAAAAUUGAUGCCAUCAUGGAAGCCAGCAAGGAAGUGUUCCGUAGUCGCAAACUGAAGAAGCUUCUGGAACUUGUGUUGGCUUUGGGCAAUUUCAUGAACAAAGGUCAGCGGGGCUCUGCUCUGGGCUUUAAGAUCUCCAGUCUGGGUAAGAUGGUGGACACUAAAGCCAGUACCAACAAGAACAUGACUCUCAUGCACUACUUGGUGGACAUUGCUGAUAAGAAGUUCCCAGAUGUAAUGAAGCUGGAUGAGGACAUCCCUCAUAUCCAUGAAGCUGCUAAAGUCAACUUCACGGACCUUGAAAAAGAAAUAACAAAUCUUCGAAAAGGUUUGCAAGGUAUUGAAAAGGAAGUAGACUUCUUUGAGAACAAGUUGUCAGUGAGUUCACGAGACAAGUUUGUCACUGUCAUGAAGGACUUUUGCACAGUAGCUGCUUACAACUUUUGCUCUGUGGAGGAAUCUUGUACAGAGAUGAAGCAAAAGUAUGAGAAAACUCUCAAAGCCUUCUGUGAGGACCCAAAGUUAACCCAGCCGGACGACUUUUUUGGCUCCUUCGACAAUGUCCUCACAGCCAUGAUUGAUGCCAAGAAUGAGAAUGAAAAAUUCAAGAAGCAGAAAGAGGAAGAGGAAAAGAGGAAACAGCUGGAGGAACAGCUGAAGAAGGAGCGAGAGAAGAGAGUCCUUCUCCGUCGAGGCAGCAGCACCGCAGAUAAAUCAAAGGCUCUCAUCAAUGUGGAGAAUGGGGACAAAGGUGAGUUUGAUGACUUGAUCUCGGCACUGAGGACUGGCGAUGUGUUUGGAGAAGACAUGGCUAAGAUGGCUAAGAGAAACCGUCGGCGCGUCAACAACGGGGCUGACAUGUCACGAGAGCGUCAAGGGAAAGCCAUAAUUUCAUAACCAUAAUGGUAUAUUUGUAUGAUUUCGUUCUUAAGUUAUAGAAAUUUAUUUAGGACAUACCAAAGUAACCCCACCCCUCUAUAUAUGCUCUCAAAACUCGCUUUUUAUUUUCGUCACCUAUUCCCAACAACCAUACUCAAGCAAAUCAAACUGACAAAUAUGCUCAUCUUCUUUAUUCCCUUUUUCGGUACUUAACCAAUGCAAGUUUUAUCCCUUCUUCACCUCAUUCUCCCCUUUCAUCUAAGAUUUAUACCAAAUUUUACGAAACAUUCAGAAAUCUUAACACACAUUUUGGAAAAACAAGUUGGUGCAAACAGUAUUAAAAUUAUCACUUGUGUGACCUCAAAACCAAUCAUCAGUGGCUUCAGAAGGAUCAGGAUUUUUUCCAGUUUCCCAGCUGUAUGGAUUGGUGAUCAAAGUGACAUUGGCUGGAGUUUCUAUAAUGUCCUAGAAUAAUACAGAAGCAGAAACAACAAGUCAUGAUAAGUUACCCUGUAUGCAGCAAGUAGCCAACACAUGGACAUAACUAGUUCAUAAGCUGUAUAUGCAGCUAGUGAUGUCCCAUGUGAAACAUUUCUCUCUUAUUCUGUUUCUGUAGUUUUUGAAUUGAUGGCUAUCAGCAACAUUGUGUCCAACUUUCUCAGGAAAAUUUGUCCAAGAUGAUUAAGAGAAAGUUAUACAAAGUUACUAAUUGAUGAUAUAUAUUCAAAAAAUGUAAUCAAAUGUAGGAAAGGAAAACAAGACAAAUGAACAAGCUUUAAGAUGAUACCAAUAACUCAACGUACCCAAAAACGGAUGAGAGCCUGCAUCGUGACACAUUUUAUCCUUUCAAACUGUCAAAAUCUUGGAGUUCUAGAUCGGACAUCUGCUAUAUGCUUUAUCAGAAUAAGAGCAAUUUCUUUUCUUUUCCUCAUUUGUAUGUUGAGAGAACUUUGUUAAUGCAUUCACUGUGCAAUAUUUAUGUUGUUCAAUGUAGUAAAACAUCAUUCAUGGUAGCCUUUUAUUUCAGCUGUUGCAUUUAAGAAUUUAUUUUUAUUUGUGUAUGUGGUCUUUCCGUUUUAAUAUAUUUGUGUGUAUUGGUGUAUGCAUGUGUGUGUGUUUGUGUGCUUGGGUGGAUGCACUUACAUAUAUGUGUGUGCACACUUUCACAAUGUAUUCAAAACUGUAUUUGAGGUGUGCUUUUGUAAUAAGGAUUUAAUAAAUGCAUAAUGUAUUUUCAUGCCUAGAUCACAUAAAUCAAAAGUAGGCAAUAUAUACUUGCAGCUAUGUGUAGGAAAUUUAUUUUAUUUGUCUAUUUUUGUUUUAAGUUUUUUAAUUUUUUUGUCAACACUUUUGCUGCUGUUGUAAGUAGUUUUAAAAAGAAUUGUAAUAGUGUAAAGAAAAGGGUAAUUCAUGAGGCUAUUUGUCUGGUGGAAAAUGAGUUUAGUAAUGACUUAUCAUCCAUUGCAUUUGUUUCAAUGAUUCUUCUGUACUUUUGAAAAGUCAUGGUUUUUGUUUUAAAGAACUCCAUGUACUGGUAUUAACAGAGGGCUUAGCUUCUUCUGGUGAUUAUUUAGCAUCUGUGUGUUUCCUUAUUGGCAGUGAAUUCCUCAUAAGCGUUGUGCAAAAAACUUGAUUUGUACUAAGUGUUUUUUUAAAUGUUAUGUUGUAAGAUUGGAAAACGACAAUCAGUUAAGUCUUAUUUAAUUAAAGACUGCUGUUUUUGCCUUUGAA